AUGGUCGCCCUUUCCGAGGAUGACAUCUCAGACGUCAACACGAUCUCUCGCUUCCUUGCCUGCUCGCAAAUCCCGUCUCUCUGGACGUGUGAUUCUGCUGAUGUUAUAGUCUUUUGCGGCAACGCUAUUCUCCCCAUUGCGCAACACGUAUUCUCAGCACUGGAGGCACGACCUGAACUGACGAGAACACUAGUCAUAUGCGGCGGCAUAGGCCACUCCACCCAGUUCCUGUACGAUGCAGUGCGAGACAGUGAGAAAUUCAGUGCUCUUGCCCGCCAGGCUCAUCAUCUGCCUGAGGCGGCUGUAUACGAGCUAAUGCUCAGACGAUAUUACCCCAAGCUUGCAGAACGCAUCGACGAUGGCGGGACCAAGCUCAUUAUUGAGGACAAGUCUACAAACUGCGGAGCCAACGCCAUCUGUACGCGGCAGGUCCUUGAGCUCCAUGGCAUCGCGAAAAUUGACUCCUGUAUCGUCGUGCAGGAUCCCACCAUGUCACUGCGUACUCUCGCGGCAUUUCAGCACACUUACCAGGAUCUCGCAACCCCACCCCACUUCUUCGCCUGUCCAACCUUUGUACCGAAGGUAUAUCUUGAUCACGACGGAGCAGGCGACCCACGCGUUGUAGCGGACUCCAAUGAGUCAAUGACCAGCAUCGAAUCUGCAGCUCUUUGGGACCACCGACGCUUCUUCGACCUGUUGAUGGGCGAAAUACCUCGGCUGAGAGACGAUGGGAAUGGCUACGGUCCCUGCGGAAAAGACUUCAUUGUCCAUAUUGACAUUCCGGAAGAGGUCGAAACCGCCUGGGCAAGACUCAAGAAGGUUUUAGACUUCAAGCGGUAA